AUAUUCAAGUUGUUCGUACGUGCGUUAGUUCGGUUCUGAAAUAUCUCGGAUUCUCUUAGUGUUCCCAACAUUAACUUAAGAGCAAUCGCAAAGCAACCACCAUGUCGCGGUUUCGGAAGCAACUUGUGCUAGUAUUUUCCUUAGCAGUGCUGGAAUUGGCCAACGCAGACUACCAGGGCAACAUGUUCCUGAACGGUCAGUACCAAAACGGUGUGAAGGAGCACAGGGAGACGCAUCACUCCGUCAACCCCACGUCGAAUGUCUUCCUUAACCACGCCAUUAUCAGUCGGCAAGCCUCGCCCUUCCAGGGGCCCACGUACCUGCCGCCCAAGGAAUAUUUGAAGUGCAGUCCCGGCCAGCAGUGUGUGCGCCAGAGUCAGUGCGUGAAGGGCUUCUUCAGCCAGCAGCUGCCCAGGAUCCAGAACUGCGAGCCGGAAACUGACAUAUGCUGCACCUAUCGAGCACAAGAGACCACAACAUCAACGACCCCAGCUCCAGUGACGCCUGCGUCCUGUCCACGCGACUCAGAUUGUGUGGCCCCUGAGGACUGCCGCCGCGGGGAAAUUAGUGCAAUCAACUACGUUAAAAAGCAAGGGCCGAACCGCUGUUACGCACCUGAGGUGUGCUGCCGCAUGCCCUCUACCACGUUAACCGAAGACGGCUACAUCUUUAAUCUGCCGGAAAAGAAUUUCCCUCUGCCGACGAACCCCACCGUGCCCGCCCUGCGCACCACCCAAGCGUCUUACCGUCCGCAGCCCUCAACUACGGUGCCAACCACUCGACCCACCAACGAGUAUCUGCCGCCUCCCCAGACAACACGGCGCCCCAUUUACCAGGUCCCCCAAACCACCCGGCGUGCAGUCCCCCAGCCGCCCCCUACGACUCCCCGCGCCUUGUCGCUGCCACCCCAAACCCAGCCCGCCUAUCGUCCGCAGCCAACCCAGCCGCAGCAGCGUCCAAGCACUACGCGCCGCCCUACCAACGAAUACCUACCUCCAGUGUCAGCCAACGAGAUUCCACGCUAUGAGCCCGAUCGCGUGCCCCAGCCCUCUAAUGAGAAGCCCAUCUACCGCGGAGAGGACCAGCUAUCGCCUCAAAUCUUCCCCACCCCCCAGCCAGGCAACGUUCCCAAACACUUUGCUAAAUGUGCCUCCGCACUGGUUUGUACUUCUGAAAAUUACUGCAACGCCAUCGGAGUGCUCUCCGAAACUCCCGUCGAACUGUCUCCCAUGGAGGCAGCCUUCCGCGUGCCGCUUACCGACUGCCUUCAGGCUGAGAAUGGUUCGCCUGGAAAGUGCUGCCGCGACCCCAACUACGUGGAUCCUUGGCCUGUUAACCUAGCAGGAGUGUGCGCCACCAGAAACAAGCGCACAAAGCCAACUGGAGUCAAGGACCUAGACGCCAACUUUGCUGAGAUCCCUUGGCAGGCAAUGAUCCUGCGCGAAUCCAGUAAAACGCUUCUCUGCGGCGGCGCCAUCAUUGGUGAUGAGUUUGUUCUAACCUCUGCCAGCUGCGUUAAUGGCCUACCAGUUAACGACAUCCGCAUCAAGGCCGGCGAGUGGGAGCUGGGAAGCACCAACGAGCCCCUGCCCUUCCAGCUGACCGGCGCCAAGACUAUCGACGUUCACCCCUCGUAUGAUCCGACAACCAAUGCCAACGACCUGGCCAUCAUCCGGUUGGAGAAGCGUUUGGAGUUCGCCACUCACAUACAACCCAUCUGCAUCAGUGACGAAGAUCCCAAACCAUCGGAGCAGUGUGCCACAUCCGGCUGGGGCAAGCAGGCGUUGUCAAUCCAUGAAGAAGGCGCCAUUAUGCACGUAACAGACACGUCGGCUCAGGGCCGCAGCGACUGUAAUGCCGAUGGCAGCAGCGUGUGCAGCGCCACCAAGUUCGACGCCUGCCAGUUUGACGUGGGCAGUGCACUCGCCUGCGGCAGCGGCUCCAACGUCCGCCUAAAGGGAAUUUUCGCCGGCGAAAAUUCCUGCGGCGAGGGCCAGACUGUGCGCUUUGCCAAGCCCGAUAUCAAAUGGAUAAACACAGCAUUUGCUGACAGAAACAAACCUCUGCUGUUGAAGCGUUUUUAAGAUAGCCUGAACACCGAUGGAGGGAGAGAUUCGGAUGACAAAGGAGCGCAAAUUGUCAAUUUUAAGGGAAUGGAUAUUGGUUGAAUAUUCAUUUCCACACCUCAAAAUGGGUAGUUGUGGCACAGCUUAUAUUCGGAUGUAAAACAUAUAGAUAGCUCGAAUUCGGCAUAAAAUGUAAAAUACUUGAUUAGUAAGCUUUAGGGUCUUCAAAUUAAUUUUUUGGGGCAAACGACGCACCUCAUCUACAAGGAUAUUGAGAUUAUAUGAAAAGCACGGGUCGACAAGACAUAACUUUAUUUGCAUGAUGAAAACGUUUCUGAUGCGACUUUCCCUACGAACAACAUUCAUUCAGGAUAAUGAUCGGUUAGUCUGUACCAUUUAAUCGUUCAAGUACCUGUGUAUUUAGUUUAAACACUCUCUACAAAGUAAGCCUUAAAACACAGUGUACACUUUUGAGGCAUAAUUAAAUUGCUAACUCUGCCAUCUGCUCUACCACAUCUCAGCUGCUACAUCCACAAAUAUUUUAACUUUUAUUUAAAAGCCCUUCCUAUAUCGUAUGUCAGAUAUAUAUAUGUUAAUACUCGAAACAUGUUGUAUAAAGUGUCUACACCUCUAAAUUUAGAUUGUAAUUUAAUUAAAUAAAAAACAAUAUUUAGAUUUAAAAAUAUUGGCUUUUUGUACUCGAAGCGUGGUUCUUUUGAAAUUGACUUUAAUUAAAAAUCGAAACGAAAAACGAUUGUAAGAACAUCUAAUGUUUAUGGGUCUUUCGAAUCAACUGGUA